AUGGAACCCUUUCCCGCCACGCAGGGCAAACUUGCUGGCAGCGACAACGGCAACGCCCCGAAUACUAUCCCGUCGCCUCCUCCCGUUGCACGAUCUCCCUCUCAAUCGUCUCUGACCAAAGGUGUGCACUCUCAUCGCCAGAGCUUCGCGGAAAACCUUCGAAAUCCCCCGCCAUCCCCGCGCGCACAGCGCCAUCCCUCGUUUACCCAAGCCGCCGUCCAGGAGCUUCUGAACAAACCACCCCCAAACAGACAACCAGAUCCGCGCUUUGCCAACCGAGACUGGAGGGACGUACAGCUUGGGGAGCUGGUAUCGCAGGAUGAUGUGCAUUGGGUGGACUUAGACACGAGCGUGGAGGAGGCCACCAUGGCAUUGCUCAAGAACUCCCCAUCCAACCUCGUCCUUGUGCGCGAAACCUCCUCCGACAAGAAGGCUAUCUCUACGUUCGACCACAAUGAUCUCAAUGCCUACCUCCUCGUGGUGGUUGGCCUUGCAAAGCCCGAUGAGGAACACAUACAGCUCUAUGAUUCGAUCGCGAAACGUGCCCAAGAGAGACAGCCAAUCCCGCUCCGCGACAUCCAGCAGAUUCUCCGCAAGGAGGAACUUAUCGCACUGACUCCUGAUGAAUACCUCACACGGGCUAUUGAGGUAUUCGGCAGCGGCAUCCAUCGGGUGCUGAUAACCAAUCCUGAUUCGGAAGUGCUUGGGAUUCUGAGCCAACUCAAGGUUCUGGAAUUCUUUUGGAACGAGCGCCUCCACUUUCCAAUGAUUGAUCGUCUUUAUGGGGCACCGUUGAAGGAUCUUCAUGUCGGAACCCAGCAGAUUAUCGCAAUCAACGCGGACGCUCCGCUGGCCGAGGCCUUGACCCUCAUGUCCAACGAAGGUCUUACAUCGGUGGCUGUUGUCGAUAAUGGCCUAAACGUCGUCGGUAAUAUAUCCACAGCCGACGUUCGACAUCUCACGAACGCAGCCUCUUUGCCACUAUUGCAGUCGACUUGCAUGCACUUCAUUUCCGUUAUUCUUACUGAGCGGGGCGUUGAGAAGGGCCGCGACUCUUUCCCGGUGUUCUAUGUCAACCCCUAUUCCACCCUGGCUCACACAGUCGCCAAGCUAGUCGCUACCAACAGCCACAGGAUGUGGGUUGUCGAGAGUGCCAGUCCCAGCCCCAGUGCCCCAGCAACACCACUGCUUGCGCCUGUCGGCGCGACAACGCGCCAGGAGGCGCAGGAGCUCAAGCAGCUCUAUGCGACCAAGCCUUGA